CUUCUUCUCCUUCUACUUGCUUGCAAGCGUGUUUUCAUUCACUUCACUUCACUUCGAUCAGAUUGCAAGCUUUGCUCGCCGGAAACUAAAGUUAGGGUUAGGGUUUCAAACAUGACGACCAUGGAGAGCUUGAUCGGUCUGGUUAACAGAAUCCAGAGAGCUUGCACUGUUCUCGGUGACUACGGUGGCGACAAUAGCGCGUUUUCGUCUCUGUGGGAAGCACUUCCUUCCGUCGCCGUCGUUGGUGGACAGAGUUCUGGUAAAUCUUCAGUUCUGGAGAGUAUCGUUGGUCGCGAUUUUCUUCCAAGGGGAUCUGGGAUCGUGACUAGGCGGCCAUUGGUCUUGCAGCUGCAAAAGACGGAUGACGGACAGCCUGAGUACGCUGAGUUUCUUCAUUUGCCAAAGAGGAGAUUCACCGACUUCGCUGUGGUCCGUAGAGAAAUUGAGGAAGAAACUAAUAGGGUUACUGGGAGGACAAAGCAGAUCUCUCCUAUUCCUAUCCAUCUCAGCAUCUAUUCUCCAAACGUUGUCAAUUUAACACUGGUAGAUUUACCCGGUCUGACAAAGGUUGCUGUAGAGGGACAACCAGAUAGUAUUGUUCAAGACAUUGAAAACAUGGUUCGUUCUUAUGUUGAGAAGCCUAAUUGCGUCAUACUUGCAAUCUCUCCAGCAAAUCAAGAUAUAGCAACAUCUGAUGCGAUUAAACUUGCUAGAGAAGUUGACCCCUCAGGGGAGAGAACUUUUGGGGUGUUGACAAAGCUAGAUUUGAUGGACAAGGGAACAAAUGCAUUGGAUGUUCUCGAGGGAAGAUCUUAUAGGUUGCAACAUCCUUGGGUUGGAGUUGUGAAUCGUUCACAAGCUGACAUUAAUAAAAAUGUCGAUAUGAUGGCAGCAAGGCGUCGAGAGCGAGAAUAUUUCGUGUCAAGUUCAGAGUAUGGACAUUUGGCCAGUAAAAUGGGAUCUGAGUAUCUUGCCAAACUCCUCUCAAGGCAUUUAGAGUCUGUGAUAAGAGCACGCAUACCAAGUAUCACAUCCUUGAUAAACAAAAAUAUUGAUGAACUUGAAUCAGAGAUGGACCAUCUUGGUAGGCCAAUUGCUAUUGAUGCUGGGGCUCAGUUGUACACAAUUUUAGAACUCUGUCGAGCAUUUGAUCGUAUAUUCAAGGAGCAUUUGGAAGGAGGGCGUCCUGGAGGUGAUCGCGUAUAUGGAGUUUUUGACAACCAGCUCCCUGCUGCUUUGAAAAAGCUUCCUUUUGAUCGUCAUCUAUCCUUACAGAAUGUAAGGAAGGUGAUUUCCGAAGCAGAUGGUUACCAACCCCAUUUGAUUGCUCCUGAACAAGGUUACCGGCGCCUCAUUGAUGGAGCCCUUCAAUAUUUUAGAGGCCCAGCUGAAGCGUCAGUUGAUGCUGUUCACUUCAUCUUGAAGGAACUUGUGAGAAAGUCAAUAGGAGAAACUCAGGAGUUGAAGCGCUUCCCAACACUUCAAGCAGAGUUAUCAGCUGCUGCCAAUGAAGCUUUGGAGAGGUUCCGAGAUGAGAGUAAGAAGACAACUCUGCGGUUGGUGGAUAUGGAGUCAUCAUACCUAACUGUGGAUUUCUUCCGGAAGCUUCCACAAGAGGUGGAAAAAGGGGGAAACCCAUCUGCUUCAACCAUUGAUCGAUAUACAGAGGGUCACUUCAGGAGGAUAGGAUCCAAUGUCUCCUUCUACAUCAAUAUGGUGUCUGAGACGUUGAAGAACUCCAUUCCAAAGGCAGUGGUCUAUUGUCAAGUUCGGGAGGCCAAGCGGUGUUUACUGGAUCACUUCUAUACACAAGUGGGCAAGAAGGAGGGCAAGCAGCUUUCGCAAUUGUUGGACGAGGACCCUGCAUUGAUGGAUAGGAGGCAGCAAUGUGCUAAGAGGCUCGAAUUGUACAAGGCAGCAAGGGAUGAGAUUGACUCUGUGUCAUGGGCUCGGUGACGUGGAGGUACAAGAUGUGGAUAUUGAUUGAUGGCUUAUUUCAGCUAAACAGUCUACAGAAGUCAACGACUGACCCAAUC